AUGAUUAAAUAUAUGUUAAAAGACUAUGAAUCCAAACUUGGCACAUUAUUAGUGGACUUGAAUAAAUUAAACAAUGAUGUGGUUACUGACAUUAAUUUUGCACAUGUCAAGAGAGAUUAUGACCAUGUUUUUCACGAUGUUGACCAACACUGCAUUAAGAUUGUGAACCGAAAGGUUAGGAAAUUGGAAAGAGACCUUAAUGAAUACAAGAAUGGUAUUGCAUACCAACCAGCUCACAAGUUAAACUAUAACACAAACAAUAGAUUUAAUAGGGUGGACAAUGUGGAUAACAUUGAUUCACCGGCAGAUGGUCCACGUAGAAGUGAAAGACUUGCACAAAAAUCAAAUUCAAAUGCUAGAAAUGGGCAACAGGUUUUUCAAUUUCCCCCAGGCAGGACCAACAACAGGGGUCCUUUCUACCAGCAAAGGAGCUGGGUGCCCCGCUCAGUAUGCAGUGAGCCCUGCCCUUCUGGCUACAGGAAGGCCGCUCGGGUAGGACAGCCUAUCUGCUGUUUUGACUGUGUACCCUGUUCCAUGGGGGAGAUCACCAACCAGACAGAUUUGGAUGAUUGUAUUAAGUGUUCUGAAUUUCUCUGGUCAGAUGUCAAGAGAGAAAAGUGUCUUCCUAAAGUCAUCGACUUCCUUGCAUUUGAAGACUCACUGGGCGCAUCCCUAGCAGGUCUGGCAGUUGUUGGUUCCUUUGUUACUGUAUCUGUUCUGUGUAUUUUCGUUAAAUUCCAGGAUACCCCAGUAGUUAAAGCCAACAACCAGGAACUCAGUUAUAUUCUGCUCAUCUCACUCACCCUGUGCUUUCUUUGUUCAUUGAUAUUCAUUGGACAUCCCAUGAGAACUACCUGCCUUCUCCGACAGCCAGCCUUUGGUAUUGUAUUUUCUGUAUGCAUUUCUUCUGUCCUAGCCAAAACUGUAAUUGUUGUUAUUGCCUUUAAUGCUACUAAACCAUCCAGCAAUCUAAAGAAUCGGGUGGGGUCAAGGAAGAUACCCAGCUCCAUCAUUGUUUCUAGUUCCAUGCUGCAAAUUAUUAUAUGUAUAAUCUGGUUGUCUUCUGCUACCCCUUACCCUCAGAACAAUAUGAACUCUGUACCUGGGAAAAUAAUAACUGAGUGUAAUGAAGGUUCUGCUGUUAUGUUCUACUGCAUGCUGGGAUACCUGGGACUCUUAGCUGGAAUUUGUUUUGUUGUUGCAUUCCUUGCAAGAAAUCUGCCAGAUCGAUUUAAUGAAGCUAAAUACAUUACAUUUAGCAUGUUUGUAUUCAUUAGUGUCUGGUUAUCGUUUAUCCCAGCAUAUCUGAGCACCAGAGGGAAGAACACAAUUGCAGUGGAGAUCUUUGCCAUCUUGACUUCUAGUGCAGGAUUGCUUGUUUGUAUAUUUAUCCCAAAAUGCUACAUUAUUUUGCUUAGACCUGACAUGAAUUUAAAAGAAAAAGUAACGGGAAAAUAA